AUGGACUUCACGGAAAUAUACAAGCAAUCAUCCUCGCUCGUAAACUUCUCCCCUGGAACGCACUUCAUCCUGACCGCCAUUCAGGACCGACUAGUUGUCCGGCGCGCAGACUCCUUUCAGAUUACGCGGUCAUGGGCAAUGGACGGGACUCCUUCUGCCACUGUUUCGGCUUUGAUUCAGCCUGCCCCAACAAAAGCUGGAGUCAAGACCUCACAGACUGCGAAAUCCACAAGCAGAUUGCCUGCUGCCCGCAGCAGCACCGAGACCGGAUCAAGCAGCGAUGGCUGGAUAACGCAUAUUGGAUGGUCGUGCGACUCGGAGUAUGUCCUUGGUGCCUGUGCAAAACGAGGACUUGUAGAGGUGUUUAAGAUGCGAGACGAAGACUGGCGAGCGCGGAUCGAGGCGGGGGCAGAGGGACUGCUGAAAGCGGAGUGGGCUCCCGAUGGGCGAACUGUUGUUUGCUGGAGCGAGUGGGGUUUACGGGUGACUAUCUGGUCGUUAGUUACUUCCACACCGGUCUAUAUCCAGUAUCCCGCACAUCCUGAGCGUGGCCACGCAUUUCGCUCGGACGGCCAUUACCUAGUACUGGCAGAGCGGCACAAAUCCCGGGACACACUGGGCAUAUACGAUGCCACAGCCGCAUACCGCCUCGUUAGACAUUUCCCGAUACCUACCAGCUCGAUCGCCGGAUUAGCGCUUUCGCCAGCCGGGAAUCAUGUUGCAUUAUGGGAAGGGCUGUUAGAGUGCAAAAUCUACAUCCUCAGCCUCGCGGGUGAUGUGCUGGGUUCGUUCGCUCCCGAUCGUGAUCCUGGCUUUGGAGUCCGAGCAGUUGCCUGGCAUCCUUCUGGCCUGUUCCUGGCUAUACUUGGUUGGGACGACAAGGUGCAUAUACUUGAUAGCUUGACAUAUGGACCUGUUUCAAUCGUGGAAUUACAGAGCCGUAUUCCUGUCGGUACUACCCUGUGGCGCGAACCAGACAAGUGGCUCGAGACCACUCACGGGCGAGGCUUCCUCUCAUACGAGCGUGUCCAGCCACCGUAUACACUGACGCUUCCGUCUCGAGACCGCUCGAGACCGCCCCCUGAGCUAUCCUCAAGCUCUAAAGGCACCGCGGUAGACGAGCAUCUCGCCUGGAAUACGGACGGAACAUUACUCUUGGUGCGCUACUGGGGUGCUCCGGACGUCGUGUGGUUGUAUACCUUCCUGCACACCGGGACAACAUCCCUUUCCGGCCCCUCGCCGACGGCGAGGCCCGAGGAUGGCUCAUCGCUGAAGCCGAGGCUGCGCACUGCCCUCGUGCACACGUCGUCGGUUGCGGCUGCACGCUGGAAUCCGGUCCGGCGGGGCAGUCUAGCUGUGUGCACGGGGGGUGGGGCGCUCUACCUGUGGAGCGAUGAGUGGGUGAGCGAGGGCGGCCUCCGAGAAUCCGGAGGUAGUGAUGGACAGCCCGAGGAAGUGGCGGAGUGUGUCGGAGUGCCUGCUAAAAGAUUCUCUACAAAUGCUGUGCGCUGGGCCCCGGAUGGUCGUGGGUUAAUUCUCCUCGAUAGGGAGACUUUCUGUUGUGCAUUCGAGGUAGAAGAGGCUGACGAUCCAGUAGUCAACACUACAUAG